AUGAAUCAAACAGUUAAAAUUAAAAAACCGAACAGGAAAACUGCUAAAGAAGAACUAGAAAACCUAUCCAAAGAGGAACUAAUCUCAAUGAUACAAUCUCUUGAAGCCCACAAUGUCCAACUCCAAAAUAUCAUUAACAAAUCAAACCACACUACAUCAAUUGCCAAAAUGAGCGACUUUGAUUUUUCCAAAUGUAAAUUUCGCCACAUUCUUUUACACGUCUUUUAUUUAGGCUGGGAUUAUAGGGGAUUCGCGGUCCAAGAAGACACCACAAAUACAGUGGAACACCAUCUGUUUCAAGCUCUCAGGAGGACUUGUCUGAUAAAAGACAGAAGUUCCUCAAAUUAUCACAGAUGCGGCAGAACUGAUAAAGGUGUCAGCUCUUUCGGACAAGUAAUUUCCAUUAAUGUUAGAUCCGUAUCUGACAAUGCGGACAAUGAAAUUGAUUAUUGUAAAGUCUUGAAUAGGGUUUUACCCAAUAAUAUUCAGUGUGUUGCUUGGGCUGCUGUCGAGGAAGAUUUCAGUGCAAGAUUCGAUUGCACUUGUAGGACUUAUAAGUAUUAUUUUCCCAAAGGAAAAUUGAAUAUUCAGAAAAUGCAAGAGGCUUGUAGAAAAUUCAUUGGCAGUCACGACUUUAGGAAUUUUGCCAAAAUGGACGUUGGCAACGGCGUAGUCCAAUUUACAAGAAACAUCAAAAAUUUCCAAAUAGAAGAUUUAAGCAGCUCAAUGUAUGUAGCAAUAAUAAAAGGCAAUGCAUUUAUUUGGCACCAAAUCCGUUACAUGAUGGGCAUUUUGUUUUUGAUUGGCUCUGACAAGGAAGAGCCCAGCAUAAUAGACGAACUGUUGAAUGUAGAAACAAAUCCCAGGAAACCAGAUUAUAAUAUGGCUAACGAGAUUCCUUUGAAUUUAUUUUAUUGUGAAUAUGAAAAUGCUCGAUGGCAUGUGAGCCAAGAAAACUUAAAAUGUGUAAUUGAUACUAUGCAGCAGAUAUGGACUUUUUCAAAUGUAAAGAGUGUAAUGAUUAAGGAUAUAAUAAAUAAUUUAUAUGGUAAAUUGGACAAUAAGGAUGAAACUAAAUGUCUGAGCGAACAUUUAGUUGCAGGGGUAAAAGCCAAAAACUACGUGCCCGUAAUGAAAAGACAAAAAUGCGAGAGCUUAGAAAAUAAAAUUGUACAUUAUUCGAAAAGAAAACGUAUCGAAAUUAUACCUAGUGAUCCAUGA